GCAGCUGAACCAAAUGAGCUCUCUUUCACAGCCGCAGCAGCCAAAAUCAAAUGAGAUGGCUUCAGGAAAUCGGAAACCAUGGAAAGAAGAAGACAUGAGAAAAGCAAUAGAAAUGGUAAGACAAAAUAAAAUAAGUAUCGCAAGAGCUGCACGUAAAUUCAUGUUACCGCGCUCAACACUCCCGCGUUGGGCAAAUUCUAAACUCAAGACAGAAAAAGCAGCAGCUAAUAAAAUAGGACGACCACCAAUUCUGGGAUUCGAUUUGGAAAAGAAAUUGGUUGAAUAUGCCCUGAUGAUGAAAGAUAAAUUUUAUGGAAUAACAAGAGAGGAUUUGCGAAGAAUGGCAUAUGUCUUCGCCAAAAAACAGAAUAAGAAAGUUAGAUUCAAAUCAAAUAUGACAUUUGGCACACGUUGGGUAUACAAAUUUCUAGAAAGACACAAAAAUUUAGUCGAUUUUGUAUCACACGACAUACACUAUUUUUCAGGUUUAGAAUGUAGCGUAGAAUCUGUGACAGAUUUUUUUAACAACUUGAAUCGACUCUACAUCCAGCAUCAGUACCUGGCUGAUCGCAUAUUCAACGUGGAAGCAGCAAGUCUCCUAGUUUUACAAAAUAAAACGCCAGAAGUAUUUGUCUGUAAAGGUAAAAAACGAAUCGCAUCUUUAAUUCCAAAUGAUAGGAAAGGUCUGAUAACAAUGAUCUUCUCGAUGAGUGCCAGCGGAUUUUUCGUUCCUCCGAUGCUAAUUUUUCCUGAGCACACUAUGCAGGUGGAACUCAUGAAUGGAGCCCCACCUUGUUCGAUUGGUGUAGCUCAUCCUUCUGGCUGGGUUCAGCAUCAUCUUUUUACCCGAUGGUUUAUUCACUUUAUUGAGAAAGUAAAACCUACUCAAGAAUCACCUGUUGUUCUAAUUUUAGACGGUCAGCAGAGCUACACUCGAAAUCUUGAAAUCAUAAACAUGGCAGAAGAAAAUAACGUCGAAAUUGUAUCUGUCAUUCCUUCUCUUGGAUCUCAUAUGCAACCAAUAGUAGAAACUUUAAUCCAACCACUGAAAAACCUUUACGCUGCAGAAGUCGAAAAUUGGAGCCUAGAGAAUGAUCGACAUAUCGAACCUUUCGACCUUGCAGAAAUUUUUUCAAGAGCUUAUCUGCAGAUGAAGACUGGUGAAGUAGCAGUCAAUGGAUUUCGAUCUACUGGAAUUUACCCGCUGGACAAAGCUGUUCUUUUGGAUCGCUUUUCGUCUAGAACUAAGGAAAGGCUGAAAAAAUCGGUGACAAAGAAAGCACAUUUUGUUUUUGAAAAAUUAAAAUGCCUGAGUCCAAAUCCGAUUCCUGGACCUUCAAAACUCGUGGAAAUAAAAACAGAAACGCCGAUGCUGCCUAUGACCGAAGUAUGGUUAGAAGAUGGUCCAAAUUUUGAAUAUAACGAUCAAAGUUUUGUUUCGGAAAACACAAAUGACUGACUUUUCUGUAGUAGCAUUUUUGAUGAUGAUUCGGACGGAACAGUGAAAAAGGAAUUUGGAUGCGAUUACUGUACUGAAUAUAAAGUAAACCCUCAACAAAUUUAACAUUCUACGACUGAAUCUUAUUUGUUUUGAGUUUUUAUAAUUUUGCAUAUAUUUAUGACAAGAAUUAUUUUGUACGAAUUAGACAAAAAUUAUAAUUUA